UUGGGAACCCCCAGACAGACACCGCUGGCAACUCCUGCCACCGCUUCUUCCUUGUCACAGUCGCUGUUUCCAGAGGAUACAGAACAGGCUGCUUCAAACUAUAGCCGCGGUUUUUCACCAUGACGCAACUACCGUACGCCAUCGACGCCGAAACCCCGCUCAACCCGGCCGAGCUAGGGGUGCUCCGGGCGCAGUACGAGAAGGAAGGCGAGUUGGUGGGCGUGCAGACCAAGUUCAACUACGCAUGGGGCCUAGUAAAAUCCAACACGCGCUCCGACCAGCAUCUCGGCGUGAUGCUGCUCUCCGAGAUCUUCCGGACGUCGCCCGAGCGGCGGCGCGAGUGCCUCUACUACCUCGCGCUGGGCAACUACAAGCUGGGCAACUACGGUGAGGCGCGAAAAUACAACGACCUGCUGCUCGAGAAGGAGCCGGGCAACCUGCAGGCGACAAACCUGCGGUCGCUCAUCGACGACAAGGUGGCCAAGGAAGGGCUCAUGGGCGUGGCCAUCGUCAGCGGGGUGGCGGUCGUGGCGGGUAUCGUGGGCGGCGUGCUGCUGAGGAACUUCGGCCGGAAGCGAUGAUGCUACUUCUCCGUCGGGGCCCGCAUGACAGGUGGCGUGGGCUCUAUAGAGGUGGCUGGCGGACAGAGCAUAUUCCGGGUGUACUGUACGCAGGCGAGGCAUUGUACGGGUACGGAAAGGAGGCGCGGGCAUCACGGUUCUUUCCUGGCGUGGUUCUUUGCUUGAAUAAGGGCGCAGGGAGCGGGAGCACUAUACCUCUCAACGAUAUCAUUAUCCUACCUAAUCAUCGCUAUUACGGCUGUGUCGGUCUCACAGGCGCUAUUUCGCGGUUGAUUGAACGCCUUAAUUGACUCGGUGG